CCAGCCCCAAGCCAGAUCUCCACCCAUCGCGGCGGAGCCAUGGCGUUCGACGCCUUCAACGACAAGACCGCCGUCUUCCGCCGCCUCAAGGCCAAACCUGGGAAAAAGAUGUGCUUCGACUACAACGCCAAGAACACUACAUGGGCAUCCGUCACCUACGGCAUCUUCCUCUGCCUCGACUGCUCCACCUUCCACCGCAGCCUCGGAGUACACAUCGCAUUCGUCAGGUUAACGAACCUGGACUCAUGGACUCCAGAUCAGCUAAAGAUGAUGUCUUUUGGAGGCAACAAUCGUGCAGAUGCCUUCUUUAAACAGCAUGGGUGGACAGAGGGCAGUGGGAAAGUCGAUUCAAAAGAGAAGAUAAUGAUAGUCCCGAGGAAGAAAACUCAGCGCGAUCUCCGAAGAUUGGAGAAAGCUGAAAAGGCUACUCAACUAGAUAAGGUUGCAAUAUUUGUUGUGCUUGUCUUGACUUUAAGAAGGAAGCCAGAUGUACUAAUAAACCUCUCCCCAAAAAUAGUGGGGAACAGUAAAUAUCUUGGACAGGAAAAGCGUCCCAUCAUCGCCUGGGUUAUUAAUCAGGUUGUCAUGGGCUCCACAUGCGUCCUAUUGUUGGCCCUUGAUGCGGCGCCUCGGCCUCCCAUAGAGGACCGGAAGCUUGCGGUAGCAGGAGCAAAAGCAUAUCCGAGCCCUUCGGCCUUUCCUGACGAGCUGCACCUCAUAGUUCACCGCUGGAAUCCAUGCUUUUAUUUUUGUCGCUCUCAGGUUGCAUAUCAUGCCAAAUUGUCUCUGGCCUGCUCGCUUGUUGUUUGUUGUCUCAUUUGUCUCUCGCUAUGGAAGAAAUAUAGGAGUGUUUAUAUAGUACCUUGUUCUAGCAUUAUUGAUGAAUUGUAUUCGGAGACUAAUAUGAUGAAUUGUAUUUGGAGACUGAUCUUCUAUUGUAUUCGAUAAA